CAACUUUCUUACAACACCGGAGGAAUAAACACCUCUCGUAGUUCACACAACACUCACCAACGUUUUCUCACAUUCUCUGUGAACCAUGGCACCAAGCACCACCACCAAUGGGUCCGGCAAGGACAGCAGCAUUGAUAUCAAGGCCCAAUGCCUCUGCAAGAAACACUCGUUCACCGCCACGGUGCCCUUGGCCUCCCUCCCACUCAAGGCCACGGCCUGCCACUGCGACUCGUGCCGGUACAACACUGGCGCUCUGUACAGUGCCGACGCUGACUGGCCCGGCGACCCGGCCGCGGUGCGCGAGUCGGGGCUCAGCGUGUACUACUUUUCGGACAACAUCAACGUCUUGUUCUGCGGACGGUGCGGGUCGACCAUGUUCUUUGAGCAGAAGGAGCCUGGAAAGGUGGAGACGUCGUAUGCCGUCUGCACGGGGGCGCUGCCGAAUGUAGAGCUCCCCGGCGGUGGUCCGCUUGUGACGAUCGAACACCACAUGUUUCUGGAUGACACGAAGGACGGUGGAGCUUCGCCGUGGCUAAGGAAUACCGAUUACGACGUGGAAAACGGGUGUUACAAAGCUGCUCGCCGCUGGCACGGACGGAGGUUCAAGAGCGAUGAGAUCCUUGAAGGAGACGACUGGCCGUCUCUCAAAGACCUUUCCGUCAUGACUGGCGGUGCAGCAGCACAAACUCAUGCGAGCGAUUCACAGGAACUGGGCGACAUUACAAUUCCAGUCAAAUGCAGGUGCGGCGGCGUCCACGUGGAGCUGCUCGCCUCGGUGGCGAGGAAAGAGUUUUCGCAGAUGCCGCGGGACCAGCUACCACGCUUCGUCGAUCCGGACAACAACAAGUCCAUCGCGUCGUUCGACGUGUGCGACUCGUGCCGGACAGUCUCGGGCUUGGACAUCUUCCACUGGACCUUCUUCUGGCUGAAGCACAUCCGCUUUCCGCAGGACGCCGCCAGCUCGUCGCGACCGGUAUUCCCCGAGUCGACCGCGGCGCUGAAGAAGGCGGUGCUGCAGAACGAAGAGGAGAGAGAUCCUGGGCUCGGCGCGCUUAGGAUGUACGAGAGCUCUCCAGAUGUGCAGCGCUACUUCUGUGGAGGCUGCUCGGCCGUGGUGUUUUAUGCGGUUGACGAUCUAGCUAACCAGGUUGAUGUUGCUCUUGGUCUUCUCCGUGCGCCGCCAGUGGGCAAGAACACUACUGAUGGCAGUGACGUCCACGGCGGUGCCCGUGCCGAGCAUCUCCUCAGCUGGAAGUUUGGCGGCUCCAUGGGCUGGCAGCAGGAUGUACAAGGAGGAUGGAGAGACGGCCUGGUAAAGAUUGUGACUGAUGACGUGACUGCGUGGAGGGACAAACGAGGGUUGGCAAAGAACUGGCGGGUCUGAAAUGACGAGAAGGCGGCUGUGGAGGGGGCAAAGAGCGGUUGAGAUGACGCAUUCUGGGCACGGAGAGAUGGUCGUUGGCUUACCAGGCUUGCCCACUCACGAGAGCGCUGCUGGCCAGGAUCACAUGAAUAAAGAGACGGAUGUGAUGAAGAGCAGAAUGAACCUUGACCCCGGAGGGGGGCGCGGUAGCCAGUCAGCCAUUGAAUCUAAGCACUCGUUGUACGUACACGUUCA